AAAGUGGCCAGUAAAACGGAAAUGUAGAAAUGGUCUAUAGAAAACUGCUAAAUGUGCUUGGUUAUGACUAUAACCAUUUUUCCUGAAGCCUGUAAGUUUUCCCACAAUAGUUUGUAGUGUUGGCUUGGGUGCUAGAAUUCUAAGGAAAUGAAUUAUGGGUAGAGAGGGUUUUUGGGGAUGCCAUUAUCUAAUGUAACCCUGUACUAAUGCUAAGUAUAACCUGUUAUAGACUACAAUGAAGCACACAUUAUUGCAACUGGUGAGGUUAGUGAGGCAAACCGAACAUUUAGGAGCAAAACAGUGCAAAGCUCAGUAUCUAUUAGUUGUCAACGUGUCCGAUGUUUAGAAGCAACAAUGCCUUGACAAAUGAGUUCCUCGUCUAAAUGAAUAAACAGAAUUACAUUUAUGCCAGACAUAGUUUGGGAAUGUGCCUCAUUUAGUAUUCCAUGAUGGUUUCUGCUAGAAAUUACAGUAUAUCUGCUGAGGAUCAUGGGUAGAGUAUAGUAUUAUAGAAGCUUAACUUGCCCAAACAAAUGGUAUUGAAAUUCUGCCCAGUAGAAUCAGUCUGCCAGUUACGAGGCAAACGCUGCAAAUCUGUUUCACUUUCAUUUUUCAAGAAGAGAAACUUUUUGUUCUCAGAUGAGCAGUUUCCAUUUCACAGCAUCUGCAGCUAGUUUCAGCAGGAUAAGAAACACUAAUAUGUCCAUUCAACAGAUUUCAAUAGCUAUAUUUCCACCUUUAUUUAUAAAUGAUGUACCACUAAACUAUAAAGUAUUUACUGUCAUUUUUGAAAAGAUGCAGUAUAAUGCAGCGAUGAUCAUUACAUUUUCCCUUUGCCUCAAAACUGCACCCAAUCACCAAAUAUGAAGAAGGAACAACCCAGAUAGGAUUAAGCCCAGAUUGGAGAAUUGCUUUGGUAUGUCACUGUGAUAAAAAUGAUUCCAUGAAGCUAGAGAGGUAAAAUAAACCUUUUAGCUGUGUUUGAGCAUUGCAAUUGUAGUUCAUGGUUGGUACAGAAUAGUCUGUCCUGGUACUGGGUGAGGGCACACCAAUCAGUUGUUUUUAUUUAUUGCAGGACUUCCCACUGCUGCAGAACAGGGCUACAUGUGCCAAAAAAACUAGACAUAAACACCAAUGAACAAGACCAUUUAAAAAUGAAAACCAAUAUUCCAAUCGAGGUGACAACGACAACUACAUUAGAACCAAUCCUCAAGAAAGAACUAGGGAUAAAGAGCAAAAAAAGAUAUAAUUUAAAAAUGAAAACCAAUGGUCCAGUUGAGGUGACAACGACAACUACAGUAGAACCAACCCUCAAGAAAGAACUAGGGAUAAAGAGCAAUAAAAGAUAUAAUUUAAAAAUGAAAACCAAUGCUCCAAUCGAGGUGACGACGACAACAACAUUAGAACCAGCCGCCACGAAAGACAUAAACACCAAUGAACAAGAACAUUUAAAAAUGAAAACCAAUAUUCCAAUCGAGGUGACAAUGACAACGACAUUAGAACCAACCUUCAAGAAAGUCGGACAUUUUGGUAAGGUAGUGCAGAGGAACUACAAGAAGGCCCAGCCACGAUUUCUAGAAAACAAAUUGAAGAAACAGUUUGAACAUCUUUCUGAAUGGUACUUUAAUAAACAAAAGAAUGAUGAAGUGACGACAACGGCAACACCAACUACAACAUUGCAGACAACUCUUGACCCAGAAAGAAUGGAAAGGAGGGGCCGUAUGCGAAUGGAAGUUGAAACACUAUUUUUUGUUACAUUGGCAUUUGUUGUUGUAGCGGUUAUACUGGGAGUGUUUGUUGUCACGCUCUUCCUGAUUCAGAGACGCAAGAAGCAUGAUGAAUUUAUGAAGUAUAUGCUGCAAAUGUACUGAAACAAGUUGCCAGUUGAAGAAAAACCCCAAACUAACAUUUUAUAAAUGAACUUUAUCAUCAUCAUUAUUAUUACUAAGUGUUACAGUCUCUAUUAGGUGCUUUCAGUAUUAAUUUGAGGCACUUGUUUAUAGUGUAAUACCUUGCUAUUAGAUGCAUUUUUGCCAUGUACACUGUAUACUUGUAUUUUUAAAAAGUCAAUAAAAAUGUAGAUUAAAAUAAAUAUCACUAGGUCUGCUAUGUUGAAGCCAUACAUUACAAGGUCACAUUAGCUUUGAGGCCUAAAUACCUUUUUUUAUGGCACCCCCCAAGGAAUAGCAUAGCAGGGAUGCAUGCCAACAAAGGGGAGGCAGACCAUUAGUAGUGAAGCUAUGGCAGCUGUGGUCAGGGAAACCAAGGUGCUUUUGAGAAAUGGUGGAGAAUUCGAUCAGGCCUUUUUAGCCAGAUGCAAAUUUAAGUAGAACAAUAGUUAAUAAGGAAUCAUCCCUCCUUAACAGGUGAUGGAAUGAUUUCUAGAGCACAUUCUGGAGCAACUAAGGUCAAAAUCAGAUUCCCAAGACAGAGUCAGCAGGGAGGGCAGGAUGUCCCAAGCGAUUCAGGGAGAGGUACUUACAGCAUCUGGUGGGAGACAAGUGACCCUUCAUUAGAAGAAUGGGCCGCGUGUUAACAUAAAAGUCGAACAAAAGGCAGGUUGUAUUAUUUAUGAAGGAAGUACCUUCAGCACUGAGAUAUUUAGUGGUAGUGGACAGGUCUGCCAACUCCUGCCUUUGGCCGGUGGGUGCACUGGGUGAAAGGACUACUGAAAGGAGGUGGGUUCUGAGUAGCAGUAGCUCACAGGAAGGAUCUCCAACAGAGCUGUGCUGUUGCAUUAGAACCUUUACAUCAGGGAUCUACAUCUGUGACUCAGAGCCGGGCACUCUAGGCAACCUGUCC